GUAUGGCAGCUAUAUAGUUCCAUCAUGGAUAUAGAGAAGAAUAAACUUCUCGAUACUCAGCUAGUGCAAUCGAACGAAGUUGCAAAUUCAAAUGCGAUGGAGUUGGAGGGCUUGAAAAGAGUGCUAACGACCCUGAAUGACAACGACAUAGCUGUAGCAAGCAUCAUUACGGACCGGCACGUGCAAAUUCGGAAAUUCCUCAGGGAGAAGCACCCGGAAAUUCACCAUUGGUUUGAUGUUUGGCAUCUGUCAAAGGGAGUGAAAAAGAAAAUUGACCUGUUAUCGAAGCGGAAAGAUUGCGAAGUUCUCGCCGAGUGGUCUCGAGCCAUCAGCAACCACCUAUACUGGUGUGUUGCUAGUAGUUCCGGAGAUGGGGACAUGGUGGAGGCAAAGUGGAGAAGUAUCAUGCGGCACAUUGUGGAUAUACACAAAGAUCACGCGGAAAUUUUCCCGGAGUGUCUGCAUGGACCAAUAGAGCCACGAAAAUGGUUGAGACAAGGUUUGUGCAGUAAAUAUAGUGGUUCCAGUAGCUUGCCUUCCUUGCGAUAUCACAAACAUUUGUGGUAAACAAUCUAUCUUGUAAUAUCAUAAACAUUUAGUUUUUCUUACCCAUACAUCAUGCACCAUGCCAUACUUAUACUAUUUCUAAUCAUGUCUUUGUUGUACUAUCC